AUGUCCGCCAGAGUCAGCAGAAGACUGAACUCUCACCGAGGUGUGUCUCGACAGACAACUCUGCCUCCUCGUCCCUCUCCAACGAAGUUCGCCAACACCGUCACGGUCCCGCCGCGUUCGACGACCGACGAUGGCAUCCAGACAUACCGCACGCGACGAGGGAACAAUCGACCUCUCCCGCUCCCUCCUAGCCUGGAUCCCUUGAGACGUGCCGCGCGGAUCAACUUCAAGCAACCGGGUCCGGAUCCCGAUCCUGAGGAAACAGAGAGGUUUCACGCCCAGUUUGUUCGGAAUCCCUAUGCACGUAUGCUAGCCUCGCCGCUGCGACUUUGCACGUUGACCCAAGCGCGACUGCCGGCCGAUCUAUUGGCGAAGUUCUCCAUUCGACUUGACCCCACCACAUCCGAGCCACAUCUACUCCCAUCACAUCUAUACCUCCAAUCGCUCCCGGACGAGGAACGCCCCCCACGGACGCGGGCGGCAGUGCUUCGCUCGGUCUACCUUUCACUACGGUACGAUGUGAUAGCGUUCAUGACCGCCAAAGGCAAAUGGAAGGGGUUCCAAGAAUUGAUGGCAGCGUCCACUCCACGGGAAGUCACCAGCAAGUUGAGAUGGCGGGCGGAUAUGCCGCAAUAUAUCCGGGACCUGCUCAGGCGGGGAGUUACCUGGAGAAUGAAGCGGGCGCUUGAAUCGGCGGACCCGGCGAUCCUUGAACCAUGCCCUGGCGGCGCGUUCGCCGCGGGUGACUUCGAUGAUGUAUCCGCAGUGGUCUAUAUCAAACCGAAGCUGUGGUCCGACCGCGUUAAAGCCACGCAUGCGAAUCUGAAACAGGUCCCAUUGCUUUCGAAAACUCUCCGAGGCCAUUUUGUUGAGCGAUUGAAAGAAAUGGGCGAUCGCCUACCCGAGCGAUUCAGAGUGGUGGAGCGACCGAUGGCUCAAAUAUCAGGGUCGCACUCGAUAUUUCCUCCGCAGCUAGCCGAGUGGGUUAUUUUCCCGGAUUCUUGGGUCCACGAGGUAGAUUAUAGAGGAAAGAAGAUCCCGGUGUUUAGUCUAGCGGACUUGCUUGGUGAGGAAAAGGCUCGUGAGCUGGUUGAUGGCACGGAAUACGCGGAUGUAGAUUGCGUGGUGUUGAAAAAUGACGAGAAAACCUCCCGUCUGCAUCAGAGCCUGGUGAAGCUCGAGAGAUACGUAGCAGAUGGUAUCUAACUCUACGACAAAUUCAAUGAAUAAAUCC